GAGCGCAGGGGCUCGGUUUGCGCUCGUCAACGCUUCGGAACAGGACAAGCGGGUAAGUAACAAUUUUGCCUGCGUAUUUGUUGGAAAUCAUCGAACGCCACACUUGUCGCGACCACACGAGCCGGUUGCCUGCAACAUUGACUGCCCGCUCGGAGCAAGGUUGACGUUCUCAGCUCACUUUUCAACCUGAAGUCACGUAAAAGUCGCCGAGGGUUAGCCUAGCUUAGCCUGCUCUCGCUCUUUAGCAUUAGCUUUGCUGCUAAACUCUUCUCCAGAAAUCACAACUCGACCCCCGAAAUAUGCGGGAGCGAUCAGUGAUGCGCUUCAGCCACGAGAAAAGUCAUUGUUACAACUUGUCACCGCUCAACGGUGGCAUGAAGGAGCGCAGCGGACAACUUUCCCACGGCUGGCUGGCUGGCUGGCUCGCAGGCGGGAGGGUUUGGGUUCGAGUCUCGAAUUAGGCAUUCCUGUGCCGUGCCAUCGAUGGGCUGGCGUCAAGUCGUGCAUUUCUCCUCCAUUGCAUUGCAGCAGUUUGUCUCUGUUCCCUGACAACCAGCCCAGCCCAGCCCAGCCACCCAGCCAGCCAGCCAGCCAGCCUUUGUCCAGAGUGUUAAUCUGCUGUGAUUGACCGGUGGUGGCCAAUCCAUUCUUUGUCUACAUGUGCCCUGACUUUGGCCGGCGCCCAGUCCCGGGUGCGAGCUGGGCUCAUUUCCAGUCGUCCAACACCCUCACGAGGAGACAAAGCGUCAGAAUGUCUGCUGCGACAGCUGUCCACCGUUGACGUGGGGUCCCCGUCGCUUCAUCCGGUUGUCGACUUGCGACGCAUCGGAAUACGUUUCACCGACGGCGGCCAGACGACGAGCAUGGACUCAAAGGCUGUCCUCCGGAGGGGCAGUAAGCGGGGGGUGUGGAGCAGCAGGCCGCCGUGCCCGUCCCUCUGCACUGCAUGGCUGCGAUGGCGCCCGCUCUUACCGACGCCCCAGCCGAAGCUCACCACAUCCGCUUCAAACUGGCCGCCCCGUCAUCGAGUUUGUCCCCGGCCAGCGCCGACAACCACGCCAACGCCAGCAACAUCCUCAUCCACGCCGGAGGCCCCCCCAAGUGUAAGGCGGCCCCUGAAGAAGACCAGCAGCCGUCGUCGCAGCCGCCGCCGUCCCAGGGGGACUCCCUGGGCAAGCUCCAGCCCCUAGUGGCAUCCUACCUUUGCUCUGAUGUGACUCCUGUGGCCUCAACCAAAGAGUCCAUCACGCUGCAAGGGGUCCUCAUCAAACAGUCAGUCCUGAAAAGCGGCAGAAUUCUGCCGAGCUCGCGGCUCAACGGCGGAGAUUUCCUGCUGAGGAAGCGGCACGCCAUCGAACUGUCUGGAGACCAGCUCAAAAGCCUGAUGAGCGCCAACGGCAACCAGCCGGCGGCGCCCGUCAACGGACUGGCCAAGAAGCUGGCCGCCGGCUCCGGCUGCGCCAUGGCGGCGGCGCUCAACGGCGACAAGCCUCCGGCGCACGCGGCCGAGCCCGACGGCCGGCCGCCCCCGGUCGCCGUCAAAGGAAGCCUUCACCGCAGGCGAUCGCCGGGACUUUGCCCCAACGCGCAGCAGUCGCCCUUGUCCCAGGACACCCGCAGCCCCGCCAGCCAAGAAGUGAAUUUGGAGCGCGGGGGCCCGAGUCCGGCGCGCUCAGACCGCGAGAGGCCGGGCUGCAGCCGGCGCGGCUCCCCGGCGGACGCUCGAGCGGGGGAGCGCGCCCGGCUCAGCGGCAGCCGACAGGCGGAGAUCGAAGGCCGCCUGCGACGGCUGCGCAAGCGCCUGCAGGUGGUCCAGGCCAAGCAGGUGGAGCGCCACGUUCAGCAGCAGCUGGGCGGCUUCUUGGAAUCGGCCGUGGGCCGCCUGCUGGCCGGCGGCGGCCGCAAGGACCACGCCUCGGCUCCCUGGAGGACGGGACGCCACUCGGCCGGCGUCGGCAGGGACGGCCUGAGCCGCUUCCUGAAGAGCGGCUCGGUUCCCUCGGAACUGGAGCGCUUAUAUCUGAGCGGUUCGGCCAACUUGCGCUCGGUGGAGAAAGCCUUCGACUCGGACGUGACGGAGAGCAGCUCCGGCGGCGACUCGGACCUAGAGGAGGAGGAGCUCACCAGGGUGGAUGUGGAGCAGCGGCAUGUCAAGAUAUGGAAGCGCGCCGAGAGCCGCUACACCCUGGAAAGGGCGGCCAUCAUCAGUCACUGGAACUGGUUGCAGGCUCACAUCUCUGACUUGGAGUACCGCAUCCGACAGCAGACGGACAUCUUCAGGCAGAUCCGCGCCAGUAAGGGCUCGGUGGAGCUGGGUGGCGUCCCGCCUCAAGAAGCCAAGAUGGAGCCCGCCAACUUUCAGGAUGAGUCUUCGGAACGUGUGGAACACCCGGUCGCCAUAGAGCCUCGGAAAGCUCAAAGCGGGCAGCCGGUUAACGGUGUCCUCAGCAGGGCAGGCGAGAGUGUGGACGGCAAGCACCAGCAGACGCCGGACGGCACGUGCGUGGCGGCGCGUACGCGACCUCUGAUUGGCUGGAGGCGGCGGAGGCUCAUCCAGCCCAACACGGUGGCCAACCUGAUUGGAAAGGCAUCUCGAAGUGGCGGCGCAUGCCGGGUCAACCCCGGCUGCGUGAUGUGCGGCGGCCGGCCCGUCCCCAGAGAGGACCCCCAGUUCCACUUGCCCGUCCUCGAGCGCCUGUCCAGAAUGGAUCUGGGCGUCCACCCCAUCCUGUCCUUCUCGGACGAUGUGGCCGUGGGCCUCCGCGUGCAGCAGGCGAUGAAGAGCUGUUGGAGCGGCAGGUCGCUGGAGAGGAGUAAACCCGUCAAGAAGUUCUCCCUCAAACACAAGCUGUCGUCAUGCAAAGAGAAGCACAAGUUUGCCAGCUCGCUCAUGGCAGUCAGAUUGGGCCACUGCAAGAGUCGAGCCGACAAGCCCAGGCCGCCGGACGCCGCCGCCUGCAAGGCGGAGCGAGCGCACGGUGUCUCGGCGCCGCCCGGACCCUACGACAAAACCUCCGGCCGCAAGAGAUUACGAGAGCCCGCGUUGGACAGGAGCGACUCCUCGCCAAAAUUCUUCCUGGACUCGGGCGGCAGUGCGGUGCCUGGUCCGGCACUCUCCGGCGUCCACAGCCCCGUCGCGCGACAGCUGUCCACGUCCUCGGACAGCGCCGCGCUACCGGCCGCCGGCACAGCCCUGCAGCCCGUCAAGAGAAGGCGCGGCGAAAGCUCCUUCGACAUCAACAACAUUGUCAUUCCCAUGUCGGUGGCCGCCACAACGCGAGUGGAGAAGCUGCAGUACAAAGAGAUCCUCACGCCCAGCUGGCGAGCCGUGGACGUCCUGACGCAGCCCGCCGUGCGGGGAGAAGACGAGCGCGAGGUGGAGGACCUGUCAGACGCGGCCUUCAUCCAGCUGCACCAGCUGUACGAGGACCAGGAGCGGUCUCGCUGGACCUGGAUGGCGUUGGCGCCAGCCAAGCGGAGGGGCAGCAGGUCAUACAAGUCGACGGACGGGCGCACCACACCGCUGUUUUGCAGCACCAACCCGCCGACCCCGCAGCCGGCCUCCCCCGAGCCCGGUCACUACCCCGCGUUGCACGACUACGGCCACCUGCCCUCGCCUGUCAGCCCGCCCAGCCCCGACACGCCAUGCUCGCGUGACUCUCACCGCCUCGUGUCCAGCGAGGACACACGAUGCUCCACGCCCGACUUGGCCUUUGAGGAGAGGACGGUGGCGCCGUGGGAGCGGCGCGACUUCCCGUUGGCCGAAGACCCGGCGCCGGAGCCCGAGGCGGACGGCGAGUGCGCUGGGCUCCGGAUGGCGAGUUUGUCGGGAUGCCGCCCCUUCGGCCGGCCUGACUCUGACGACGGCGAGCCGCCUUGUUGCCACGACGAUGACCACCACGCCGCUGGCCCCAAGCGGCCGUGAGCGAGCAAACUUGUGCGCUUCCUGUUGUUUGAUAUUCAAACAUCAGUCUAAUCCUUUCACAGUUUUUAGUGAAUCCGACGCCGAUAGACGCAAACGUGUUACAACAAGUCUGAUUUGUGUAGUAGGCGAAACGUAUACGGGGGGGUGGGGGGGGGGACUUAGCGGUCGGUGUUUUGAUAUGUUGCGUGUACACUUGUAGCGCACGAUGUAGCGACUCCUCCGAUAUGGCCAAAGGGUGUUUUUCUAUCCUUUAGUUUGUUUGUAAUUCCCACGUACAUUUUAGUGAAGUGACACAUAAGAUGGGCGGAUUUGGGUGAGUCUGCCCCCAUCCCUCCCUCCUUCCCUCCCCCCCAGUAAACAGGUACAUUUAGGA